UCACCUGCCUGCUCUCUCACAGAGAGUGUACGCAGUCGCUGGUUCAAAUAACACAAUUGUCGGCUAUUAUAGCCCUUCCCAUCUCCACCCCCAGCCCAACCCCCUUAAAGCAUCAGCUAAUGCGUGACUCUCUCACUACUCCAUUGUGUGUGUGUCUCUCUCUCAUACACUUUUCACGAUAUAAAAUGUCUCUGAUUUAACAAUUGCUCAGCCUCCAUUGUAGUAUUGCAUUGCAGUAUCAAUUUACCCUCAACUCAACCCUCCGAUUCCAUUUCCCCCCUCGAGAUCCGUACUUCUCUUGAAUCUUUCUUGGACCCAGCUGUAUGUAUACUAUACACCACCACAUAUAGACUCUUACAUUGGGUCUGUAAUAACCAAGUUCAUUUCUUCAAUCUCUGUUCAAUCCUGAAGAAGAAACAAACAAUAAUGCUUCUUCUUUUGCUGGUAGUACUUCUCUUUCACUAUCCCCAUCUGGGUCACUCUCUGAACCAAGAGGGACUCUAUCUUCAACAACUCAAGCUCAAUUUCGAUGACCCAGAUGCUGUUUUCUCAAACUGGAAUGACAGAGACGAUAAUCCCUGUAACUGGUAUGGAGUUUUCUGUGAUUCAGCCACUCAUUCAGUUACCUCCAUCGACCUCUCUUCCACCAACAUCGCCGGACCUUUCCCUUCUCUCCUCUGCCGCCUCCAAAACCUCACUUCCAUAUCUCUCUACAACAACUCAAUCAACUCAACUCUCCCAGAAAAUCUCACAGACUGUAAGAGCCUCCAACAUCUCAAUCUCGCCCAAAACUUGCUUACCGGUUCUCUACCCAGCUCCAUAGCUGACCUCCCGGAGCUCAAACACCUCGAUUUGACCGGAAACAACUUCUCCGGCCAGAUUCCGGCUACUUUUGGGAACUUCCGGCGACUCCAAGUUCUCUCUCUGGUUGAAAAUCUUCUCGACGGUACGGUACCGGCGUUUCUCGGGAACGUUUCGUCUCUCAGGCAGCUGAACCUUUCGUACAACCCGUUUUCGCCUGGUCGGAUACCGCCGGAGCUCGGAAACUUGACGAACCUGGAGAUCUUGUGGCUCACUGGGUGUAACUUGGUGGGUUCGAUUCCUGACUCGUUGGGUCGGCUCAAACGACUCACUGAUUUGGACUUGGCUGUCAACAACUUGAAUGGACUGGUUCCGAGUUCGCUCACUGGGUUGUCGAGUGUGGUUCAAAUAGAGCUGUAUAAUAACUCGUUGUCCGGUGAGUUACCGGCGAGUGGGUGGUCGAAUUUGACGGCAUUGAGAUUGCUCGACGCUUCGAUGAACGGGUUGACUGGGACGAUUCCGGACGAGUUGUGUUCGUUGCCACUCGAAUCGCUGAAUCUCUACGAGAAUCAAUUCGAAGGAAACGUACCGGAAAGUCUUGCGAAAUCACCAAAUCUGUAUGAGCUAAGGUUGUUCGAAAACCGACUCAAUGGAACAUUGCCGAGAGAUCUAGGAAAAAAUUCCCCAUUGUCAUUGAUUGACGUGUCGAGCAAUCAAUUUUCCGGCGAAAUUCCAUCUGGGUUGUGCAAAAAUGGCGUUUUAGAAGAGCUUCUAAUGAUACACAACUCGUUUUCCGGCACUAUUCCGGCGCGUUUCGGCGAAUGCCGGAGCUUGACUCGGGUCCGGUUGGGAAACAAUAACUUCUCCGGCGAAGUUCCGGUGGGGUUUUGGGGGCUACCCCAUGUUUACCUUCUCGAGCUGAUCGAAAACUCGUUUUCCGGCGAAAUCGCAAAGACGAUUGCCGGAGCUGGGAAUUUGUCUGCUUUAAUUAUCUCGAAUAACAAAUUUUCCGGCAACAUUCCGGACGAGAUUGGGUUUUUGGAUAAUUUGGUGGAGUUCACCGGAAAUGAUAACCAGUUCAUCGGGUCUUUACCGGCGAGUAUAGUGAAUCUUGGGCAGUUAGGGAAGCUAGAUCUUCACAAUAAUGGUUUAUCUGGUGAAAUUCCAAGUGGAAUUCAUUCCUGGAAGAAGCUGAAUGAGUUAAAUUUAGCGGAUAACGACUUUUCCGGGAAUAUUCCUGAUGAAAUUGGAAGUUUGUCUGUGCUUAACUACCUUGAUCUAUCUGGAAACCAAUUUUCCGGGAAAAUCCCACUUGGGUUGCAGAAUCUAAAGCUCAAUCAGCUCAAUUUGUCGAAUAAUCGCCUUUCAGGUGAUAUUCCUCCUUUGUAUGCUAAGGAAAUCUAUAAGUCUAGCUUUGUGGGUAAUCCUGGUUUGUGUGGUGACAUAGCUGGUUUGUGUGAUACCAGAAGUGAAGCAAAAAACUUGGGUUAUGUUUGGUUACUUAGAUCAAUCUUUAUACUUGCUGGAUUGGUGUUUAUUGUGGGUGUUGUUUGGUUCUAUUGGAAGUACAGGAAUUUUAAGAAAGCAAGCAGAGCAAUUGACAAAUCAAAAUGGACAUUGAUGUCGUUUCACAAAUUGGGUUUUAGUGAAUAUGAAAUUUUGGAUUGUCUUGAUGAGGAUAAUGUGAUUGGAAGUGGGUCUUCUGGGAAAGUUUACAAAGCUGUUCUUAGCAAUGGUGAGGCUGUUGCUGUGAAAAAACUUUGGGGAGGGUCGAAAAUGGUGGAUGAGAGUGGUGAUGUCGAGAAGGGUCAAAUCCAAGACAAUGGGUUCGAAGCAGAGGUCGAGACAUUGGGGAAGAUUAGGCAUAAAAACAUUGUGAAACUAUGGUGUUGUUGUACUACUAGGGAUUGUAAGCUUUUGGUUUACGAGUACAUGCCUAAUGGAAGUUUGGGCGAUUUGCUUCAUAGCAACAAGAGUGGGUUGUUGGAUUGGCUUACGCGCCAUAAGAUAGCUAGCGAUGCAGCAGAGGGACUUUCGUAUUUGCAUCAUGAUUGUGUUCCUCCGAUUGUGCAUAGGGACGUUAAGUCGAAUAACAUCUUGUUGGAUGGGGAUUUUGGUGCUCGUGUGGCGGAUUUUGGGGUAGCGAAAGUGGUUGAUGCGAUUGGGAAGGGGACGAAAUCGAUGUCAGUCAUCGCGGGCUCUUGUGGUUACAUUGCACCAGAAUAUGCGUACACACUGCGAGUGAACGAGAAGAGUGACAUAUACAGCUUCGGUGUUGUGAUUCUUGAGUUGGUCACUGGGAGGCUCCCAGUUGAUCCUGAAUUUGGGGAAAAAGAUUUGGUCAAAUGGGUAUGCACUACUUUGGACCAGAAAGGCAUAGACCAUGUCAUCGACCCAAAACUCGAUUCCUGUUUCAAGGAAUCGAUUUGCAAAGUCCUCAACAUCGGCCUCCUCUGCACUAGCCCACUCCCUAUCAACCGCCCCUCAAUGAGGAGGGUGGUGAAAAUGUUGCAAGAAGUGGGGGCCGAAAGCCAGUCUAAGAUCGGCAAAGAUGGCAAAUUGACACCCUAUUACUACGAAGAUGCCUCGGAUCAAGGAAGUGUUGCUUGAGAAAUUUUGUGUGUCACACUGAUGAUGGAUAUGAGAGGAGAGGAGGGAGAGAAAUUGUGCUUGUUUUUUGUUUUGUUUUGUUUUUUUUUAUUAGGUAAAUUCUCAAUUCUCAUCCCUUCUUGGUGUUUGGGGGAAAAGAAAGGAAAGUGUUAUUAGAGGUGGUGCAUAGUUAUCAAUUCUCAUCCCCUCUUGGUGUUUGGGGGAAAAGAAAGGAAAGUAUUAGUAGAGGGUGGUGCAUUUUCUAAAGAGAGAAAGCUGCUAUGGAGUUCCAAGUAUGGUUGUACAUUGUAAAAACUACAAUUAGCCACCAAAGGCCUACUUUAAAAAGAUGGUAAAAAGUAACUUUCUGACUUUUAAUCAAGUUUUUGAUUUUUUUAGACAAA